CUAGUGUUAAAAUUUCCCGUUCGACAGUUUGGAUCGGAUGUUGGUUACGGAACUGUAGCUUGUGAUUCCUAUAUCAAGACGAUGUAAGGUAUCUAAAGUACAUUCAUUUCGACGCUUACGAAAAGAAACACAUCUAUUUAAUAUUUUCAUAAAGUACACAGAGGAGGUUCUCGUCCGGACGGAUUGGGAUUUAGCGAUGUUAUUUUUAAGGCUGGUUUCCGGUGUUCUUUGUCUGCUGCUAGCCCUUCCUAUGUCCAAUGCAACGCCGACCGGAUGUACAGAAACCGGAUCGUAUGGAACGUGCGAUUUCUCUAGCUGGUCCCCACCUCUUGUUUCGGGGGAUUUCAGUACCUCGCCAUGCUAUAUCACACUAAACAACGUGGAUGGUACACUUCCGGCGAACGCCUUUUCUGGGCUAUCCGAUUGCGCUGAUCCUUCCGGUCAAAGAAGUAUUGCCAUUACAUGCACCGGAAGUAAUGUUCUAGUGAUUGCAGCGAACGCAUUUGCUGGUACGAUGACAUGGAUAACCGAAUUGAGCAUCACAGACUGCGUCAUUUCCGCUGGAAUAUCAUCUUCGGAUUUAUCGGGGCUGAGUGGAGUUGUCGACUUUCUAACUUCUGGUGGAACGAUAGCCUCUUUUGCAGCCACCACUUUUAGCGGCUUGCCAAUGAAUUCCAUUGCCAUGAGUGGUACAACUUUGACGGCCGCAACUUUUCCGAGUGGAUUUCUCGAGAACGCAGGCUCCGCCAUGACCAAAAUCACACUAGACAAUUUGGGAUUAACGUCUAUUCCAAGUGGUGCAUUUGACGGGAAGUCAGCUGUCACGGCUUUGAAUGUCGCCAAUAAUGCUCUGACAACACUCGAAACCAACGCUUUCGACUCCAUGACAUCUCUCAGUACCUUGUCGAUUACCGGCAACCAAUGGGCGUGUACGUGCGACAUUUCAUACCUCGUGAAGUGGGUCAAAUAUACUGGUGUGACGUUGGACGGUGACAUCACGUGCAUGACCCCAACAGCGUACAACGGAACUCUCUUGAACAAAGUCUCGUUUGCUCUCGGAUGUGAGACAACAACCACCACUGCCUCUACGGACGAUUCCACAUGGGACAAAGCGUUGAAGUACGGAACCGCUGUCAUAGCAACCCUAGCUUUGGGCGUGGCUAUCGCGACCAUGGUCAGCCAUUGUUGUAUGAUGCAGAAAAUGGCACAAGGAGGAAAUUCCCCGAAUACGUCGAACCAGAAAACGAAGAAUAGCAAACGUAUCGUCACGCCCCUUCCUGUCAACGAACCUACACGUAAUAACUUCUUCUAAGAAACGGAUAUAUUGUACACGUCAUGGCUCUUUAUUUAUGCCAGUGAAACCUGGAUAUAUAUAUAGUUUUAAUUAAACAUAUGCUGAUUUUUUUAUAUCUAUGUUGGGGACGCUAUGGUAUGGUUGGUGAAACUUUGCAUUCUAGAAGGUACAAGAACAAUUGCACAUCGAGAAAGCCAGAAAUCCAAAAUAGAUGAGGAACACAACACCGUGAACGAAAAAUAGGGAAAAAAUGAAAAAUAGAAAAACACUAAAACAACGCAUGAAAAGUCGGUUCUACAGCAAGGAUUAGUGUCUCCUGAACUACAUGUAACAAGCCAGAUGGUGAUCCGAUCUCGCUUGAUAAUUCAUGUAAUGGAUCGGAGAGCUUAGAUAAUUUGACCUCGACGAUAUGUAUCAGCAAUCGUGAUGUCAACCGUCAAAUACCCGAAAACCUGAAGUCACCACCGACCUGAGAUACAGCGGGUUACCACCGACCUGAGAUACAGCGAA